GCCUUGCAGAGAGCUCCUUAUCAGCUUCUUCUUGCUUCUCAGCUUCUCCUUGCUCCUUUAGCUAACAGGCCUGCUGUUAGCCCCUUCCACAACCCUUCGCUGCUUUCUGAUUCCAGAGCUCCCUCCAGGUUGUCCCCGAGGCCUCCCAGCCCUGGAGCCUCUGCAGGGGCUGGGCUGGGAAGCGCCGCUCGGUACAAACCACAGCGAGUGCACAAGGACGGGUGCGAUUGCAGCGGCAGUUCCGCUUCCCCAGGGCUGCAGCAGAGAGCCGAGCUGAGCCAGGGCACAGGGGAGGGGAGACAGAGCUGAGCCCGGGCAGAGGAGAAGGGAGAGCACCCAUUCAGGCAGGAGCAGGGUCCGGAGCAGAGCCCUGCGGGCAGCAGCAGCAAUGGGAGACGCCUUCAUCCGGCACAUCGAACUGCUGGGCUACGAGAAAAGGUUUUUCCCCAGCCAGCACUACGUCUACAUGUUCCUGGUGAAGUGGAAUGACCUCUCUGAAAAGGUCGUCUACCGCCGCUUCACUGAGAUAUACGAGUUCCACAAAGCGCUGAAGGAGAUGUUCCCCAUUGAAUCCGGGGACAUCAACAUAGAGAACCGGAUCAUCCCGCACUUGCCAGCCCCAAAGUGGUUUGAUGGGCAGCGCUCAACUCAGAACAGGCAGGGCACACUGGCUGAGUACUGCUACACGCUGGUGAACCUGCCCCACAAGAUCUCCCGGUGCCUGCACGUGGUCAACUUCUUCAAAGUCCGUCAUGAUGACAUGAACCCUGUCACAGACAGCCAGACCAAGAAGCCUGAGGUCUUCCUCCUGCCAAAGGAUUCCAAGAAAAACCUUACAGACAUCACGGGCCCCAUUGUCCUGCAAACGUACCGAGCCAUUGCCGACUAUGAGAAGAGCUCCACAUCUGAGAUGGCUCUCAAGGCUGGGGACAUGGUGGAUGUCGUGGAGAAGAGUGAGAAUGGCUGGUGGUUUUGUCAGCUGAAGAAUAAACGAGGCUGGGUACCUGCUGCCUAUCUGGAGCCACUGGAUGGUCCUGAUGAGUCUGAAGAGCAGGAGCCUAACUAUGCAGGUGAAGCGUAUGUGGUCCAGAAAAGCUACACUGCUGUGGAGGAGGAUGAGCUGACCCUCAAGGAGGGUGACACCAUUGAAGUCAUCCACAAGCUCCUGGAUGGCUGGUGGGUCAUCAGGAAGGAUGAAACCACAGGUUAUUACCCCUCCAUGUACCUGCAGAAAGCUGGGGAGGUGAACACCUCUAUGAAGAGUGAGCUGAGGAACCGGGGUGCUCCUCCACGGAGAUCCACCAUCCGAAAUGUGAAGAGCAUCCACAAGCAGGGCCGGAAGCAAAUCAGCCAGGAGACCUACAGGAGGAACAGCAAGAAGUACAUCCAGAACCAGAGGAAACUGCGUGGAAAUUCCCAGAGCAAGGCCAAUGUCAUCAUUGAGAAAAAUGAGCCAGAGGACAACAAGCCCAAGGCUCAACCAGCUGUCCCUCCCCGUCCCAGCAAGGACCUCAUCCUGAACCGCUGCACUGAGAGCACAUGGAGGAAGAUCCUGUGAGCCCCCACACCAGCCACCCACAGCUUCAUCUCCUGCAGCUCCUGUGCAGCUGGGGCUCGGAGCUGGAGCAGGGAUCCAGUGAUUCUGGCAGCCACCUCAGGCCAGGGAGGCUGUGGCCAUGUCGGCCCAGCCCAGUGCCCGUCCUCAUCCUCCACCUCAGCCAGCCCACAGUGUGCUGAUAGCACUUUGAGGAGGGACCAGCCCUGCCCUACCAGCUCCUUGCAAGCACCAAGGCCUCAUCUCUACAUGCCUUUCUAUUCCCUCUUCGUAUUUUGAAUUAUUUUUGUGGCUUUCAUCAAUAAAGGAGAGACACUUGAUAGACCCUGAGGAGCAGUGUGGGCAUGGUGGCAGGAAAGGUGUUAUAAGUAAGAAGCUUGACUAGGCCAAUAUUCAAGCAGCAAUCAAUUUAUUAAUUAAUAUGGUCAAGUAUGAGCAAUACAGCGCUGGGGAAGUUUUCUCUCCAACUGCAAUACAGCAGUGGGGGAAGUUUUCCCUCCAACUGCACACCGAUAGUUGAGGGUUAUAGGUAUUUAUAGGGGUACUCAUCAGCUUUCUCAGCAGUUUCUAUUCCAAUUUUUACUCAUCAGCAGUUUCGAUUCCCAAUUUUUACAUCACAAUUCUAUAUCUAUUGUGAUUUAGUUUUUCUCAGGAUGUUUCCCAAAAGGAGUAUCCCCAGAUGGUGAUGGUCCAGUUUCCAAACGAAGAAAGACGAAUCCCAUCUGGUGAAGUCCAGCUCCCCAAAUGUGGGUCCAACUUUUAAUUGCAAGGACUACAAAUUUCAUAACAGUGAUGUCCAGCUUGGUUGAAACUAUAAAUCCUUGAGCUGAUGUUCAUCUUCCUUUCUCAAGCUGUUUUUCUCUGUUUUGUUAGAGCCUGAGAUAAGCAUGUUUCCUUUAUAUAUAUUCCAAAGCUAUGGUUUCAAGGAUACAAGCAAUAUUCUAAAAUUACACUUCAAAAAGUUAUUAUUGCAAAACUCUUCAAGGCUUAACUACAAGCAAAGAGCAACAUCCUUAAUGCUUUAAUUCAAAUGCUUCUGAAUCAGCUAAGGUUAAUUGUGAACAAAAGAUAGGUUCAAAGGCCUUCUUCCAUGCUUUACUUUCUUCAGUUAUUAUUAGAAUUCAUCUUUAUAACUGUCCCAUGGUCAGUCUCCACACAUAUUACAAUCACAAAUACACACAUUGGCUGUAUGUACCUGACACCAAACACAGCUCUGUAUUUCACAGUCCAGGUGGAGAUUGGGCAAGGCACUCUUGCAAGAGAUGAGUGCAGUGAGGAAAUUUAUCUGGGGGGAUGGAAGGACAGCAGCUUCCUCCUGGAAAGGAGGACAGUGAAGGCUCAGUGCUGAGACAGGGCUGCCUCACACGGAGUUUCAUUUUGAGUUUGGUUACUGCCCCAGCCAACGCUGCCAUUGCUGUGCCAGCCAGGGCUGCCUUUAUUUGGGAUGGCGCUGGGUCGACCUGUAGGUUUGUGCCUGGGUGUUUUAGUUUUGGUUGUCUGGGGCUGGGUCUAAGCCCACACUGGGCUCUGGGGAUGUGUCUAUGUGAAAAAUGCAUGUAUUUUAUGAUUGGCUUUUCGCAAAUAUUAAAAUGAAUAUUAUAUGUGUUGUGUUAGAAA